GGAGUAGGUGAGGAACCUAAUAAUAUAAUAUUUAAAUAUGCCAAUUAUAUAAUGUGCAAGCGAACCCUCUCUCUGGUGACUGUUGACUAGUGUUGCUGUUAUUAUUGCUAUAAGCAGAGGGAAGAAAGAAAGGAAGAAAGAGUUGAAGAAUGAGCAGCAGCGCGGGAAAGGUGGUGUGUGUAACCGGUGCUUCCGGUUAUAUAGCUUCAUGGAUCGUUAAAUUCCUUCUCCAUCGCGGUUACACUGUCAAGGCCACUGUUCGCGACACAAAUGAUCCCAAAAAGAUCGAGCACUUGAUUAACCUUGAUGGUGCUAAGGAGAGAUUGCACCUGUUUAAGGCAAAUCUUCUAGAAGAAGGUUCCUUUGACUCUGUUGUUCAAGGCUGUCAUGGUGUUUUUCAUACUGCAUCUCCAUUUUAUCAUGAUGUCAAGGAUCCGCAGGUUGAAUUAUUAGAUCCAGCUGUGAAGGGAACUCUGAAUGUUCUUAAAUCAUGUGUGAAAUCGCCAUCUCUGAAACGUGUUGUUUUAACCUCUUCUGUUGCUGCAGUUGCAUAUAGUGGAAAGCCUCGAACUCCCGAUGUAGUAGUUGAUGGGACUUGGUUUUCAGAUCCUGAUUUCUGUAGGGAAUCAAAGCUGUGGUAUGUGCUUUCAAAGACUCUGGCUGAAGAUGCUGCCUGGAAAUUUGUGAAAGAAAACAACAUUGACAUGGUUACUAUUAACCCAGCAAUGGUGAUCGGGCCUCUCUUGCAACCAGUCCUUAACACUAGUGCUGCUUCAAUUUUAAACGUAGUUAACGGUGCACAAUCAUUUCCAAAUGCUUCUUUUGGAUGGAUCAAUGUGAAAGAUGUUGCAAACGCCCAUAUUCAGGCCUAUGAGAUUGCUUCAGCUAGUGGAAGAUAUUGUUUGGUUGAGAGAGUUGUUCAUUACUCAGAAAUUGUGAAGAUUUUACGUGAUCUGUACCCGACACUACAACUUCCAGAGAAGUAA